GUGUGGUAUAUGAGCUCUCCGUAUCCCCUGGUACAGUCCCUCUCAUUCAUCCGUCCCUGCCUUCUGCGACAUGCACCCAGAGCCGCGUAUGUUACCUUGCUCACCAGACAGAAUUAUUUGCCAGGUGCCUUGGUGCUGCACCAUUCCUUGCUCUCCGUCGGAGCACAACAUCCUCUCGUCGUAAUGGUCACUCCCAGUGUCGGCCAGGACGUGAAGGACAUCUUGGCGCGUCGCGGGAUGGUCGUACGGACGGUCGACCACCUGAAGCCGAAGGAUGGGACCCACUCUCUUUCGGCUCAUGACGCUCGUUUCGGCGACACAUGGACUAAAUUGAGAGCCUUUGAACUGACCGAAUAUGACCGCGUGGUCCUGCUUGACGCGGACAUGGUCGUCAUGCGAAACAUGGACGAACUCAUGGAGCUUGAGCUACCCAAUGAGUCUAUCGCCGCCGUGCACGUAUGUGCCUGCAAUCCAUUCAAGCUGCCGCACUACCCCAGCGACUGGGUACCCGCGAACUGUGCUCAUACGCCUAUGGUCCAUCCGACGGCUCUCACGUCGCCCCCGAAGAUCACCGACGCUAGCCCCCGCCCGUAUUUCCUCCUCAAUUCCGGCACCGUCGUUCUAAACCCGUCCGCGCCGUUGUUUGACUCCAUCCACAAUUUCCUUUUCACGACGGACAUAUCCGGAUUCAAUUUCCCUGAUCAAGAUCUUCUCGCUGCCUUCUUCAAGGGCAAUUGGACGCCACUUCCGUGGUGCUACAACGCACUCAAGACGCUCAGGAACAUCCACAAGGCGAUGUGGCGGGACGAGGAAGUCCGCUGCCUGCAUUACAUCCUCGCGGAGAAACCAUGGCAGGUCCGCCCAGAAGAAGGUGGUGAUUAUGAAGAACUCAAUCGGUGGUGGCGCAAGGAAUUCGAGCAGUUGCGUGCCGAGAUGCAGACCGCGGACGAGGCAGGGUGGGCAUUGGUGUCCGCGAACGUAGCUCAUUAGCUUGCGCCCGGGAUCUAUAAGCGUCAUUGGCUACUAAUACCACAGUCGAUACAUUGAGCUGGCCUUCCAAACUGUACGCGACACACAGACCUAUUCACUCUUGAUGCUACAUAUGUAUCCUACACUCUCACAACUACACUGCUCACAUACUCAGAUGGGUGUCCUCUACUCCAGCGUGGCUUGACAGUAGCAUUAGUCAAAUGAGCAGCAAGGCAAAGCCACGUUCAGGGGCGCGAUCAGAACGGCGAAAAAAAGCUGCGCAACGAGCGAUAGAUCGAACUUUUAUUACGCCCGCCAUGCUACAUGCACCUCGUCCGUGCGGAAU